AUGAUAUCAUGCAUGCCGUCCACCCCCAACCACCGACGACCGGAUCCCAUCGAUAUUGUACUGGCUCUAGCACGAUCUGAGAUUGCAAGCAAUAACAGUCGCAGUUGCUGUGCACGCAUUGCACUACGACGGCAUCACCACCAGCUGUGCUCUCUGGCUCUUUCCCGUUUCCAUAGCGAGCAGAGCAGAGCAAAUGACAUGACAGAGAAUGGGAAUGAGAGAAGCUGCCUCUUCUGCCUGUCUGCUGUCUGCCUGUCUCUGUUUUGCCGGAAACGGAAAUGGAAAAAGAAAAAGCGAAAAAAAAGCAGAGAGAGAGACGAGAUAACAACAACAACGAGAGCUACAUCAAUGAGAGACAGAGAGACAGAGAGAGUGAAAAUUAUUUUAUUUAUAGGAAACUCAUUACAAACAAGAAAAAUACACAAGCACCUAAUUUCACACUAUCGCUAG